AUGAGGAUUGUUUCAAAGUCAUCUGGUAGUCAACAGAUCAGAGCCCGAGAGCUGUCGGUGGUCGGCUUGCCAAUCUACUCAACAAAACGAUGUCUGGUUGAAGCAGUCGUCGAUGCUGUUGCAGCCAUUGCUCGAGGCGAUGAGCCAAAUCAUCUGUUCACCGCCUUGGCCGCAUUGGUCUCCGAUGGUCUCAAGGAUGAGGUCUCCUCGUGGAGUAUGAUACGCACUGUCACUGCGCCAGGUCCUGCCACGAAAGACGUUUAUUCUAUCGUGAACAAAUUGGAUUCGAGCGAGAAGUCCGAGAAUUCUCGUGUUGAACAGUUUUUCGAAGAGCUUUUUAGGGAAAAUUCUCUAGAUUGCUGGUUGUGUUAUGUUAUUUUGAAAGAGAACGUCCUUCGCCGCCUUUAUUCACCAGGCAGCUUUCUGUUGGACGCUCCUACAGCUUAUCGAACGCUCUUGUGGCGACUCGUCGACGCACUCGCUCUUAUUCCAGGUUAG